AUGUCGGAGUCGAAGGAUCAGGUUACCGUCCAGGCAGGGGGCAUAGACUACGAUGCCGGUCGUGCUAGCUCUUCUUCCGCCCAUUCACUCCCCAAGGAUGCUGCUGUGGCGGUCGCGCAAAGCUCUUCCCGACAAGAGUCGCGGGCCGAACAGCCAGCGGACCAAGUGGAUGAGCAGAAGAAGGGAUUCUUGGCUUAUUUCAAGACCAAGGAGUUCUACAUCACCGUCAUUCUAGGUCAAAUCCUCGCCAUUGCCAAUACUUCGACCAGUACCUUCACGACCCUGCUCGGCAACGAGAAAUGGGCGGUUCCUGCCUUCCAGACUUUCCUGAACUACGUACUUUUGAACGCUAUCUUUACUCCUUAUACGAUGUACCGUUACGGGUUCAAGGGCUGGCUCCGAUUGGUACUCCGUGACGGCUGGAAAUACAUCAUUCUCGCUUUCUGUGACGUCGAGGGCAAUUACUUCAUUGUGCUGGCAUACCAAUACACAACCAUGCUCAGCGCGCAACUGAUCAACUUCUGGGCCAUUGUCGUAGUCGUGGUCAUCUCAUUUAUCUUUCUGCGCGUGCGCUACCACAUCACCCAAGUGGCCGGUAUUGUGAUCUGCAUUGGUGGCAUGGGCAUCCUCAUUGCCUCGGACCACAUCACUGGCACGAACGGCGGCGACAUUUCCAAGGGUAACCAGCUGAAGGGCGAUCUGUUCGCUUUGCUGGGCGCGUCCUUUUACGGCCUCACCAACACCGGCGAGGAGUACUUCGUUAGCAAGAGGCCUGUGUACGAGGUUCUUGGACAAAUGGCAUUUUUUGGCAUGAUCAUCAACGGUGUGCAGGCUGGUAUCUUCGACCGGACGUCCUUUGACAACGCGCACUGGAAUGGAAAGGUCGGCGGAUAUCUCACCGGCUACACGCUGUGUCUGAGUCUGUUCUACUGUCUUGCUCCACUGCUGUUCCGUCUUUCGUCGGCCGCCUUCUUCAACGUUUCCAUGCUGACCAUGAACUUUUGGGGUGUUAUCAUUGGUGUUGAGGUUUUCCAUUAUCAUAUUCACUGGAUGUACCCGAUUGCCUUUGUUCUGAUUAUCAUCGGUCAGCUCAUUUACUUCCUUGGUCAGAAGGUCCUCAGUGAAGCACGCAAGCCCUGGCUGGGAUCUAACCAGGAGCGUGGUGUUGUCGGCAUCUUCACUGCGAAGCGGAAGAUUGAGCACGUCGUUCCUACUGCCGCUGAAUACAGUGAUCAGGCAGCUGGACACACUACAACCAACACCAGCUCUGUUUGA